AGGGAUCUGUCAGGACUCGAGAGGUGGAAAUUCUGGUUUUCCAGAACUCCCAGGGCUGGCUCUGGCACUAUGAGCACCUGGAGGGCCGCGCUCCCGGCCCAGCCGGGCUAAGGCCUCUGUCCCCUGCCUCCGGGGCCUGGGGACCCCCUCCACCCCAGAGUCCGGCCACCCGGGUUUCUGCGCUGUGGCUAGCUCAAGGGUAUGCAGGAAGGGGCAGGUGGCUGGGGGUAGACCAUCCUGGGGACACAGAUGCAGCAACCCGGGGAGACGGACUCCAGGGAGAGGGUCAGCUGCGGACGCUCGGGCAGUGCCAGGAGGCUGCUGGGCUUCUCAUCGCCGCCCUGCAAGGAGGGGGCCAGAGCCAUCUGGUGACAGCCUCCCGCUGAGCAUGGCCCUCCCAGCCCCCGGCCGGGACCCCUGGAGCCUCCUGGGCCUUCUCCUCUCCCAGCUGUUCCUGGCGGUGCCGCUACCGCUGACUGCAGGGGGCGGAGGGCAGGAGCCCGUGCCCAGGAUCACGUACCGCGCAGGGGAGGGACACAGGGCUCUCAGCCUCUUCCACCAGAAGGGCCUCCAGGAUUUCGACACCCUGCUCCUAAGCGAUGACGGAGGCACUCUCUAUGUGGGGGCUCGAGAGGCCAUUCUGGCCUUGGAUAUCCAAGACCCAGGGAUGCCCAAGCUGAAGAACAUGAUCCCCUGGCCGGCCAGCGACCGGAAAAAGAGUGAAUGCGCCUUUAAGAAGAAGAGCAAUGAGACACAGUGCUUCAACUUUAUUCGUGUCCUGGUCUCUUUCAAUGCCACCCACCUGUACACCUGCGGCACCUUUGCCUUCAGCCCUGCUUGUACCUUCAUUGAACUCCGAGAUUCCUACCUGUUGCCCAUCUCUGAGGACAAGGUUGUGGAGGGGAAAGGCCAGAGCCCCUUUGACCCUGCCCAUAAGCACACGGCUGUCUUGACAGAUGGGAUGCUCUAUUCUGGCACCAUGAACAACUUCCUGGGCAGCGAGCCCAUCCUGAUCCGCACGCUGGGACCCCAGCCCGUCCUCAAGACCGACAAUUUUCUUCGUUGGUUGCAGCCGGACGCCUCCUUCGUGGCCGCCAUCCCUUCCACGCACUUCGUGUACUUCUUCUUCGAGGAGACGGCCAGCGAGUUCGAGUUCUUCGAGAAGCUCCACACGUCGCGGGUGGCCAGAGUCUGCAAGAACGACGUGGGCGGGGACAAGCUGCUGCAGAAGAAGUGGACCACCUUCCUGAAGGCCCAGCUGCUGUGCUCCCAGCCGGGGCAGCUGCCCUUCAACGUCAUCCGCCACGCUGUCCUGCUGCCCGCCGCCGCCUCCGCCGAGCCUCUCGUCUACGCGACCUUCAGCUCUCAGUGGCAGAUGGGUGGGACCAGGAGCUCUGCUGUCUGUGCCUUCGCUCUCAAGGACAUCAAGCGUGUCUUUGAGGGGAAGUACAAGGAGUUGAACAAAGAGACAUCACGCUGGACUACUUAUGGGGUCCCCGAGAUCAGUCCCCGGCCAGGCAGCUGCUCCGUGGGCCCCUCCUCCGACAAAGCCUUGACCUUCAUGAAGGACCAUUUCCUGAUGGACGAGCAGGUGGUGGGGACACCCCUGCUGGUGAAGUCUGGUGUGGAGUACACGAGGCUUGCGGUGGAGAAAGCCCAGGGUGCCGACGGGCACAGCCAUCUGGUCCUGUACCUGGGCACCGCCACAGGGGCCCUCCACAAGGCUGUGGUGAGUGGGGACAGCGGUGCUCAUCUGGUGGAGGAGAUCCAGCUGUUCCUCGAUCCGGAACCUGUCCGCAACCUGCUGCUGGCCCCCGAGCAGGGCGCAGUGUUUGCAGGCUUCUCAGGGGGCAUCUGGAGGAUUCCCCGAGCCAACUGCAGCAUCUAUGAGAGCUGCGUGGACUGUGUCCUGGCCCGGGACCCCCACUGUGCCUGGGACCCCGAGUCCAGAACCUGCCGCCUGGUGCCCAGCCCCAUCCCGAGGUCCUGGAGACAGGACACGGAGCAAGGGAAUCCAGGGUGGGCUUGCGCCACUGGCCCCAUGGGCAGGAGCAGCCAGCCCCAGAGCCGUCCCCAAAUCAUUAAAGAAGUCCAGGCUGCACCCAACUCCAUCCUGGAGCUCCCCUGCCCCCACCUCUCGGCCUUGGCCUCAUACCGCUGGACUCACGGUGCGGCCGAGAUCCCAGAAGCCUCUUCCGCGGUCUACAAUGGCUCCCUGGUGCUGCUGCUGCAGGGCGGGGUAGGAGGCCUGUACCAGUGCUGGGCCACAGAGAACGGCUUCUCUCACCCCGUGGUCUCCUACUGGGUGCAGAGCCAGGACCAGCCCCUGGCCCUGGACCCCGAGCUGGCAGGCAUCCCCCGGGAGCGUGUGGAUGCCCCACUAACCAGGGUUGGGGUUGGGGCCGCCCCGGCUGCCCAGCGGUCCUACUGGCCCCACUUCCUCACAGUCACUGUGCUCCUGGCCUUAGUGCUUUCAGGGGCCCUCCUCCUCCUCCUUGCCUCCCCGCUGGGGGCUCUCCGAGCCCGGGGCAAGGUGCAGGGCUGUGGGACCCUGCCCCCAGGGGAGAAGGCCCCCCUGAGCCGGGAGCAGCACCUCCAGCCUCCCAAGGAAUGCAGGACCUCUGCCAGUGAUGUGGACGCUGACAACCACCCCCCGGGCACGGAGGUGGCAUAGGCUCUGGGCAGGGCUGCGGCCAUGUAGGGUAGGGUAGGGCGGGGUGCCCAGCUGGGCUGCCUGGGGGACCUGGGGCAGUGUAGCCCCAGGACAGGCAGGAGCACAAAACACCGCCUUCCUGUUGUGCCGCCGGUGGUCCUCAGCGGGCCGGACACAGCAGCCUGACCCCCCGUUGGCUGUCCCUCUGCCACGCACUGGGCUCUCCACCGGGCCGUCCCAGACCCGGACCAGACAAGACCUGGAGCCCAUCCUUCAUCUCCGGCCAUUCCAAGACCUUCCAGAAACAUGCUGCUCCAGGAGCCCCUGUGACCUGGGACUGUUCAGGCCCCCGUGGUAACAAACACCGAGGUACGAACGACACAGGAGGCCGCUGCCCGCUGCCCGGAGACCCCACGGGGGGCCGCUGCCACCACCAUGGACACCAAGUCUCCGCUGUUCCGGGUCCCUGCGGGGGGCUGCCCCUCCCGCUCCCUUACCAGCUGUGCUGCUGACUCCUGGGACAUCCUUCAGGAGGUCGGACCCCCUUCCUUCUUGUUUCAGCCGGGGAGGAUUGUGGCCCCUGCCGUGGCUGGAAGGACGGGGUAACCUGAGCCUUGUUCCCUCCUCCACUCUGGCUGACCUCUGGAGCCCUCUCCUCUCCCCUUUCCUUUAUUUUGGGAUCCAGACUACCGCUCGUCACAGACAGUUUAUUUUUUAUUAAAAAGACAAAGCUCA